ACUUCAUCUUCCUCUUCGCGCUUAUGCUGGAACUUGAAACCUUCUCAAGAAAAGCAAUGGCGCCAAAAAAGACUCCUGCUCCAAUUCCGAUCGGUAACUGCGAGGUUUUGAUCGAAGCGAGCAAGUAUGUCUGCGAGUCUGAUCCGAACAGUCUCCAAAUAUCCAUCUCCAAAAACACAAGAAUCAAAAUCUCAGUGAGGGAUGAUAUGAAUGGAAAGUCUAGAGAUGAUUUUCUGCUCUCAAAAUCUGAAGUAAAAGAAAGGCCUUCCAAUGACGAUGACUAUGUGUUUCUGCUUGUUAAUCCUAAGGAAGACGAUAGCUGCACGAAAUCUUAUCUUCAGGAAGUACUAAAUUUGUAUGCGAGGGAGCUACCCACAAUGAACUAUGCUGCAAAUACAGGAAAGCAAUCAAAGUUUCUUGAAAGAUGUGUGUCAAAUGGGAAAUAUUGUACUUUGCUGUUAACAUCCAAGCCCAUGGAAGGUUCUGGAGAGGUUAUAGCUGCAAUCACUUAUCAAAUACUCCCUGCUGAUACACAGCAUGCUGAGAUCCCUCUUGCUGCUGUUUCUUCAAUUCACCAACUUAAGGGUUUCGGUAAAUUCUUGUACAUGGAAUUGAAGAAGAGACUUCAAGACAUUGGUAUUCGUAUCAUAUACUGUUGGGCUGACAAGGAAUCUGAAGAUUUUUGGCUUAAACAGGGUUUUGUAUCGAUAGCAGAAGUGGAUAAAAAGGGUAGAGCUCGUAGACUUCCUAUUAAGACAGAUUUACGUAAAGCAAUGUGCUUUCCUGGUGGUUCAACCCUCAUGGUUUCUCAUCUUCGCAAGGACAUCUCAGGUCCAGCAGAAUCUCUGAAGUUCCAAUUCCCACUAAAGCCAUGUGAGAAGUCUUCAUCCUCAACUAUUGAUGAAUCUGUAGGUCAAAGAAGAGCUGAUACUGCUGUUAAUCUGUGUUCUUGUUCUUCUCAAGGUGCCAAAAGGAAGAUGUGGGAAGCAUCAUUGUCUUCAUUGAAGACCAAAAGGGUGAAAGGAAGCCAUAACAUUGAUUACCAGACAGAUUCUGAUUAUUUGGUCUCAGAAAGUUACAGGAAUUGUUGUUUUAAUGAAUGCUCCUUGAGCAUUUCAACUGAUAAAUCACCCAUGAAAGUUACUCCUGGAAUUUCUUUGAUUAAAAAUUCCAUGGAAAAUAAUUCUAAAGAAAGCGGUCCAGUUUCAGUGGCAUCACAAGCUCCUAUUUGUGAUGAACUUCAGGCAAACAAAAAUUCCUUUAGAAUCAUGUUGAUGGACAUCGCUGAUGAUGCAAAGAAAGCACGUCUUGUCGAGGUAAUUGAAUCCCUGGGUGGUGCUCUGACAUCUGAUGGAAGCUCAAGCACUCAUAUUGUCACUGGAAAAGUGAGAAAGACCCUGAAUUUCUGCACUGCUCUAUGUUCGGGGGCUUGGGUUGUCUCAAACAGUUGGUUAAAAGAAAGCUUCAGAAAAGGAAAAUUUGUUGAAGAAUUGCCUUAUGUCUUACAAGAUGAAGAGUAUAAGUCAAGGUAUAGAACUGAGCUAAAAGAUGCAGUUCUUAGAGCCAUAGCAAGGCCCCGAGCUUUGCUUAAAGGAUACAACAUAUGCAUAGCAGCUCAUGUUCAACCUUCUGCUGCAAUCCUAAAUGCCAUCAUCAAGUCUGCUGGUGCAAAUAUUAUUCAUGGACUGGACAAAAUUAUUCAUGGACUGGACAAAGUGAAUGAAGCAUGGAACACAAUCUUCAUUGCAUCCGAAGACGACAUGGAGGAAGCAUUAUCAGCUGCAAAGAGAGGAAUACUAACUUUCAGCAGCGACUGGUUGAUGAACUGUGUCAUGGGACAAGAACUAGACUUGGAUGCUCCGCAGUUUGCUGAGUCCUUGUGAGGAGACUUUUAAUUUUUACAUUGCAGUAUGGACAAGAAUCUCUCUUGCCACACAGCGCUUCUUCGAAUCUUCUGUUUUAUAAAAUGUACAUUGACAUAUUAUUUUGGUUCUUAAAAUUAUGAACAGAUAUGUUCAACAGUCUUAGCAAUAUUUUCAAGGA